UGCAGCAUGGAUCUAUUUAGGAAUCCUAACUUUGUUACUAAAUACAUCGAUUUUGACAAGUACGGAUAUCAGAUCCUACUCACAGGAGUACUCGUUUUUUUAACUGCAAUUUACUUAAGCUUAGGAAAAAAGCGGAAACUUCCUCCAGGCCCCUAUGGCAUACCCUACAUAGGAUAUUUCCCUUUCUUAGGAGAAAAGCCAUACGAAACCUUCCACAAAUUGAGCAAAAAAUACGGAAGUGUUUUCAGCAUAAAUCUUGGAGGGCAUCUCGUAGUAAUUUUAAAUGACUGGGAAUCUGUAAAAGAAGCAUUCAGCAAGGCAGAAACAGCUAACCGGCCAGAGAAUUUUUUUGACAUUAUACCAAAUGGACUGGGGCUUGGUGGAGUGAAUGGAGCAGAAUGGGUGGAGCAAAGGCGUUUCAGUGUGAAAGCCAUGAAAGAUAUUGGCUUUGGAAGAACACGCUGGGAAGAAUUAGUGCAGGAAGAACUGAAAGAAGUGGUGGAAAUGAUGAAAAAGCAUGGAACAGCUCCGCUAGAUGUUCGAAAGUUCUUCACUAGUACGUUUACGAACAAUGUGUUGACACUAAUUUUUGGUCAUCGUUUGCCCAUUGGUCACCCAGACACAGAACUAGUGAGUCAAUGCGUGGAUGCAGUCUCCAAUUCGUUACCAUCUUUGGGUCUGAAUGUGUUUCUUCCAAAAUUAAGCGACUUCUUGACGUUCCUGGGACUUACGAGACAGUCUUUAAAUUUUGAAACAAUUUUAAAAUUCACUAAUUUUGCUACAAAAGCCAUCCAAGAAAAGCAGGACAAAAUGGAAGAUAGUGCAAGCGACUCAUUCGUCGAUGAAUACGUAAACGAAAUUAGACGAAAUGCACUGAAGAACAAGGAAACUAGUUUUUCAGAGAGACAUCUUCGUGGCAACACACAGGCCCUGCUUAUCGGAGGCAGCGAGACAAGUAGGACCACUCUAGUCUUCAUUUUAAUAUCAAUGGCGGAACACCAGGAAACGCAGAAACGAGUCCAGGAAGAACUGGACAACGUAUUGGGUAAAGAGGGAACUUUGCGAUGGGCAGACAGGACAAGAGUUCCAUACACGUUUGCAACCAUAAUGGAAGCCAUGCGAUGGAGAUCUGUAGUGCCAAUCAAUACUCUGAGAAUGACGAGUGAAGACAUAAAAAUAUCAGGAUAUGAUAUUCCAAAGCACACUGCGAUUGUAGCAAACAACUGGGCUCUACACAAUGAUCCGAAAUACUGGAACAAUCCAGAGAGAUUUAUUCCGGAACGCUUCUUACUAGAUGAUGGAAAGCAAGUCAAUUUCAAACCAGACAGUUACGUUCCUUUUUCAUUUGGUAAGCGGUCCUGCCCCGGUGAACUGAUUGCGAUGAUGGAAAUCCUUCUCUAUUUCACAACUUUGAUGCAAAAAUUCACCGUAUUACCAGAGGAAGGGCAGAAAGUGAAAUACAACACCAUACUUGGUCUCACUUUCCAAGCAACAGAUGUAAAGUUAAGAUUUAUUCCACGUGGAUAACACAACUAUCUCAAUCGAUUGCAACUUAGCACAAAAUCAGACUUUUGUAGCUGUAAGAAAGUCUUCGAACCUGCAAUAACAUUGUGAAUACAUAAGCAAAAUUAAUAAAGUACACAUAUAUUUUAAGAAUACUUUACUUUGAUUUUUGACUUUCUGUUAAUAAAAAUUGAGAUGUUAAAGCUAA